GUUCCACUCAAAAAACCAGUGAGGAGGAGCGCACGCAAACACAUAGCGACCUCCCUGCGAAAAAGAAGCUGCAGCAAAGCUCCUUUUACCGCAGACACGGAAAGAGAGAAGGGGGGCAUGAGAAUCACCAUGGACAACGACCACCAACUAGAAGAACAUAUGGCUCUUAUCUCUGAGCUGUACCCGGGGGUUUACACGCAGAUCGUACCGCCCGUUAAAGAGUCGAAGCCACGGCGCAGGAGGAAGAAGAGCAAGGGCGAGGGCGGCGCAGCGGGGCCGAGGAAGAGGAAGCUGAGCGAGGAGCAGGUGAACCUGCUGGAGCAGAAUUUCGGGAGCGAGCACAAGCUGGAGUCGGAGAGGAAGGAUCGGCUGGCCUCGGAGCUCGGGCUCGACCCGAGGCAGGUGGCCGUCUGGUUCCAGAACCGGCGCGCCCGGUGGAAGAACAAGAAGCUCGAGGAGGAGUACGCGAAGAUGAAGUCGGCGCACGAGGGCACCGUCAUCGAGAAGUGCCGCCUCGAGUCCGAGGUACUGAAGCUGAAGGACCAGCUGAUCGAGUCGGAGAAGGAGAUCCAGCGGCUGCUGGAGCGGGCCGACGGGCCCGCGGCGUCAAGCAACAGCCCGAGCUCGUCGAUGUCGAUGGACGCGAGCAUGGACAGGCGGUUCCCGGGGGAGUUCGCGUACGAGGACGUUUUCUACAUGCAGGAGAACGUAUACAAUGUCUACGGCAUGGACUGGAUGAACCUUUUUGACUCGCGCCAAUGAGAUGGAUUUUAAUGCUUUGAGCUGGUCGGUUAGGGUAUAUGUAGUGGCUAGCUAGUGCAAAGCACUAUUAAUUAGGGCUAUGUAGAUAGUGAUAAAUCUUAGUGUAAAUUAUUUUUUAAUUUCUUUGUCUAAGUUUCUGGGUGUGUUCAACGUGGUGACCGGUUAGAAUGUGAAAAUUAUGUGAUCAUCAAUUAAUUUCUAGCUAGUAGCGCAUUUAUCUUA